AAAAAGCCAAUAAAUAGCCACGUGAUUUUCAGUUCAAUGCAGGUAAAAAAUUGUGACGUGGAAACGCUCGCAUAAUAGCUACUGCCAGCGUGACGGUUGAUGCCACCCCCAACUUUGCCCUAGCUCCACUCUGCAUUCUAUUACCCAUCCCUCCGCGCACAUCCAAUUAGAACGUCAUAUAGAAAUGUCCUCGGCAAAGACAAAGACACUACGCGACAGAACCACCGAGUACCGGCUGCUCGUAAACGCCCUGCGCAAGCGACAGCAGGUAGCCAGCGAGCCGCCCAAGCCAAAGAAGGCUGCGCUGAGCGAGUUUACGCGGCAUGCAGGUGCAAUUGGCAAGGACAUUCAGGAGACGACGCUCCUGCUCGAGCAAUUAGCGACAUUGGCACGCAGCAAAACAAUAUUCGACGACAAGACGCCAGAGAUCAACGGGCUGACGGCCCAGGUGAAGCAGCGUAUAGCCACGAUCAACGGCAAGAUCCUUGCGCUGCAGACCCUGCAGCGGCAGCAGAAUGGCGGCGAAGGCAGGCAGGCGGUGGAGCACCACUCGAACGUAGUAGUGUCGCUGCAGACGCAGCUGGCGAGCACAUCGAAUGUGUUCAAGGACGUGCUGGAGCUGCGUAGCGAGAGCCUAAAGGCCUCGGGCACGCGCAAAGAGCAGUUUAUUGGCGCAGGCAGCGUGCGUAACCGCCGCAAACUUGAUCCCCCUGUAGAUUCGCCUCUCUACCAGUCUGAGCGCCGGCAGCCGUCGGGGUACCAACCGCAGAACGAGGAUUUCGUCGCCCUGUCGCUGCCCGAAAUGGACGAGCAGUCGAGCUCGCAGAUGCUGCUGCUGCAGGACGGCCAGUCGUCGUACCUGGACAGCCGGUCGGACGCCAUUGGGUCGAUUGAGUCGACGAUCUCCGAGCUCGGCCAGAUCUUCCAGCAGCUGGCGCAGAUGGUGUCGGAACAGCGCGAUGUUGUGCAGCGGAUUGAUGCCAAUGUCGAGAGCAUUGACGUCAAUAUUGGCGCCGCGCAGAAUGAGCUACUAAGAUACUACUCGAACAUCUCGAGUAAUCGGUGGUUGAUGCUCAAGAUUUUUGCUGUUAUUUUGGUGUUUGCGUUCUUGCUAGUUAUGCUGGCAUAAGCUCCCCCCGUUCUUCAUGCCAAAUAUAUAUUUUCUGUAUGAC